CGCGUGCUUCUCCCGGACUCUAAUUGAGGCCGGAAGCUGGAGCUGCUCUUGAAAUAUAAAUAUUAAAGUUAGGAAGGACAGCCAAACAAACGAGGUAUCAGCGUUAAAUGACGGAGAGAUUGCCGUAAUAUCUUAUUUGUGGCAGUUCGAUUGGAAGAAGUGUUUGAGGAGGUGGAAAUGGCCAUGUUCUUCAUCCAUAAAUGUCUGCUUUGUGGCCUAAGGAGUCAAAUACUGCAACAGAGAGGUCUGUCUGUAUACACGUCUGUUUACAGAAUGAAUGAAGAUGACAUAAAGCAAAAACUUCAGCAGUUCUCUGGUGGAUCCAUUGAUUUGCAGAAAGAUCAAAAUGGAAUUGCAACCCUGAUUAUAAACCACCCUGAGCGGAAGAAUGCAUUUUCUGGAACAAUGAUGAUAGAUUUACGCGAUAGUGUAGAGGAACUGGAGAAUUGGACGAAUGGCAAAGGUCUUAUUAUAAGAGGUGCAGACAACACAUUCUGCUCUGGUUCUGAUCUAAGAGCAGUUAAAGCAAUGUUAAACCCUGAGGAUGGAUUGAGGAUUUGCAUGUUUAUGCAGAAUACCCUGACAAGGCUUCUGAGACUACCCCUGAUCAGCGUAGCAUUAGUCCAGGGAAAGGCACUGGGAGGAGGAGCAGAGGUUACGACAGCCUGUGAUUUCAGGAUCAUGACUACAGGAAGUGAGAUUCGUUUUGUUCAUAAACAUAUGGGAUUGGUACCAGGUUGGGGUGGAGCAACCAGACUGAUUAAAUUGAUUGGAUAUAGGAAUGCUCUUAAACUGUUGAGUAGUACUCAGCAUGUGGACCCUGCAACAGGACUGAAGAUUGGUCUGGUUGAUGAAAUUUUGACAUCCACUGAUGGGGAUAGUUGUCUUGAAGAGGCAGAAAAUUGGCUGAAUCAAUAUACUAAUGGGUCUUCACAAGUUAUUAGAGCCAUUAAGAAUGUUGUGGUUUCAGGGAGAGAACUGUCACAAGAAGAGUCAUUAAAGAAUGAAAAGAGCAUAUUUGGUACCCUGUGGGGCUCUCCUGCUAAUCUGAAAGCUUUGGCUCAAAAGGUCAAACAUAACUAGUGCAAAUGUGUCAAACUAUUGCCAACUCAAUAUGCGGUGGUGCAGUUUCAAAUCUACCAUUAUUUGAAAUUGAAUGAGUGAAGGGAGCUUGUUAGCUGCAUAUUGGUGACACUUUGUAGUAUCAAGAUCUGAAUGACAAUGUUACCAUUUCUUUCCCCCACCACCCCACCCACACAAUGAAUGCCAUUUUAAUUUUAAGUUUUGUUACAUGUGACAGAUGCAUUAAACAAUGAUUUAUUGUCUGUAAAGUGCUCUGGGAUGUCCUCAGGAUGUAAAACACACUACAAAUGUAAGCUAUUUGUUUAAUCACUCAAUCUGUAGACAGUAAAUGUGAAACCUAUUGUAUAAUGCAUUCCUUGUGGUCCUAAAUUAUUAAUGUUACCUUUGCUAAUAUAACUCCAUUUUCAUAGUAAUAAACCAGUACUGGUAA